GUAUAACAGCUUCCGGGAGGAGCCGGAAGAGACCGGACACUGAACGGAAUCGCAGAUUGCCAGCCCUUUUCCCGACCCCUACGGAAAGACGAGUCCAGGGGCCGUCCUGGCGAGGUCAAAACAUUUAGUCUGGUCUUUUCAGAUAAUUCUUUGAGCAACUACUGGGGCAUUAUAUUGGACACUUCAGUACCAAGAGAAAUACAUACGAUCCUUGUCUACCAGGAGUCUAAUAGAAAGAUGGACAGGUAGAUAAGUAUAAUGAAGUUUUAUAGGUGCUGUGAGAAUAGUCUGAUAAUGGUAAUCACCAGACUGGAUUUGCCCAGGGACAGCUGUGAAAGCAGCAGAUUCUCCAAGGGAAAUAGUAGGUACUCCAAGGAGCAAGCAGGGACCCUUCCUGCCUUUCUAAGAAACUGCAGCAGCAGAACCUUCACAGUGAAAGAAGAGAGACUGAGAUAUGGAUUGUGAGAGCUGUUAUGGAAUCUUUUUCAAAUCACUCCACUUGGGGAGUGGUCAUUGCAGGAGUGGGCCCAUGGUGACCCAGGAAGGUGGUGCUUCUGGUGUCUGUCCCACGUUGCUCCCCAGGGCUUGCCAGAAGUUUCAGAGGCGGCACAUAAUGUCUGCUGCAUAGUAUCUGCCCGCGGUCCCUACAGAGUUAUCGUUUUAGAUUUGUCUGACUCUGCUUUUGAUGGUAGGUCAGUUUUCUUUGGCUCUUGACAUCUGGCAGCCUGGAUCUGUGACCAGGAAUGGAAUAGGCUCAAAUGAGACAAUCUGGCAGGGAUGGCUAAACAGUGCUUCCAAGGGGGCCCCACAGUAAAAUAUUCCAGGCUUUUGGGUCUCUCUGAAGCCACUUUGGAGGCUGCUUAGGAGGCAUAUUUGCUUGACCAAGCGAUAGAAAUCCUAGAGAAACUCAGGCCUCAGCAAAGAUUUUUCCUCAUUCACCAAAAAAGCAACAACAGUAGCAGCAGCAGCAGCAGCAAGGCUGUGGGCUUUUCCUGCUGAUCCACACUCAUUGGGAAGUUGGAGUUUGAGAGAGGAAGGUCACAGAACGUGAAAGCAAGAGUUUCACAAUAGAGGCAAAGGGUAGGGUAGGUCUUUAACUUUAGGUUGGGGUGCCGGAAUUAGGAAGGUUUGUGCCCCCUUCUACACAACACUGAACUCCUUUUUUUUUUUUCAGGGCUGGGUCAGUUAGAACCUAAACAAACUAGAGACCUGGUUGCAACCCCUCAGGCUCUGCUGAUGCUGUCCCCCUUUGUUCCUGCAGCGUGGACCCUGCCAGCAGCCAGGCCAUGGAGCUCUCUGAUGUCACCCUCAUUGAGGGUGUGGGUAAUGAGGUGAUGGUGGUGGCAGGUGUGGUGGUGCUGAUUCUAGCCUUGGUCCUAGCUUGGCUCUCUACCUACGUAGCAGACAGCAGUAGCAACCAGCUCCUGGGCGCUAUUGUGUCAGCAGGCGACACAUCCGUCCUCCACCUGGGUCAUGUGGACCACCUGGUGGCAGGCCAAGGCAACCCCGAGCCAACUGAACUCCCCCAUCCAUCAGAGGGUAAUGAUGAGAAGGCUGAAGAGGCUGGUGAAGGUCGGGGAGACUCCACAGGGGAGGCUGGAGCUGGGGGUGGUGUUGAGCCCAGCCUUGAGCAUCUCCUUGACAUCCAAGGCCUGCCCAAAAGACAAGCAGGUGCAGGCAGCAGCAGUCCAGAGGCCCCCCUGAGAUCUGAGGAUAGCACCUGCCUCCCUCCCAGCCCUGGCCUCAUCACUGUGCGGCUCAAAUUCCUCAAUGAUACCGAGGAGCUGGCUGUGGCUAGGCCAGAGGAUACCGUGGGUGCCCUGAAGAGCAAAUACUUCCCUGGACAAGAAAGCCAGAUGAAACUGAUCUACCAGGGCCGCCUGCUACAGGACCCAGCCCGCACACUGCGUUCUCUGAACAUUACCGACAACUGUGUGAUUCACUGCCACCGCUCACCCCCAGGGCCAGCUGUUCCAGGCCCCUCAGCCUCCUUGGCCCCCUCGGCCACUGAGCCACCCAGCCUUGGUGUCAAUGUGGGCAGCCUCAUGGUGCCUGUCUUUGUGGUGCUGUUGGGUGUGGUCUGGUACUUCCGAAUCAAUUACCGCCAGUUCUUCACAGCACCUGCCACUGUCUCCCUGGUGGGAGUCACCGUCUUCUUCAGCUUCCUAGUAUUUGGGAUGUAUGGACGAUAAGGACAUAGGAAGAAAAUGAAAGGCAUGGUCUUUCUCCUUUAUGGCCUCCCCCCUUUUCCUGGCCAGAGCUGGGCCCAAGGGCCUGGGAGGGAGGGGUGGAAAGGAUGUGAUGGAAAUCUCCUCCAUAGGACACAGGAGGCAGGUACGCGGCCUCCCCUUCUCAUCCACAGGAGUACAGAUGUCCCUCCCGUGCAAGCACAACUCAGGUAGAAAUGAGGAUGUCAUCUUCCUUCACUUUUAGGGUCCUCUGAAGGAGUUCAAAGCUGCUGGUCAAGUUCAGUGGGGAGCCUGGGCUCUGAGAUUCCCUCCCACCUGUGGUUCUGACUCUUCCCAGUGUCCUGCAUGUCUGCCCCCCACACCCAGGGCUGCCUGCAAGGGCAGCUCAGCAUGGCCCCAGCACAACUCCGUAGGGAGCCUGGAGUAUCCUUCCAUUUCUCAGCCAAAUACUCAUCUUUUGAGACUGAAAUCACACCGGCGGGAAUGAAGAUUGUGCCAGCCUUCUCUUAUGGGCACCUAGCUGCCUUCACCUUCUUCCUCUACCCCUUAGCAGGAAUAGGGUGUCCUCCCUUCUUUCAAAGCACUUUGCUUGCAUUUUAUUUUAUUUUUUUAAGAGUCCUUCAUAGAGCUCAGUCAGGAAGGGGAUGGGGCACCAAGCCAAGCCCCCAGCAUUGGGAGCGGCCAGGCCACAGCUGCUGCUCCCGUAGUCCUCAGGCUGUAAGCAAGAGACAGCACUGGCCCUUGGCCAGUGUCCUACCCUGCCCAACUCCAAGGACUGGGUAUGGAUCGCUGGGCCCUAGGCUCUUGCUUCUGGGGCUAUUGGAGGGUCAGUGUCUGUUACUGAAUAAAGUUCCAUUUUGUGGUCCUGCA